AUGGCAAAACCCAUCCUCCAAAGCUGCAAAUGCGUCACAUGCGUCAAGUUCGACGUAUUCCUCCAUGGACGGGACUCAACCUUUUCCACGAAAGGCCUAAUCAAUGCUCCCGGCAAACAAGAGCCGAAAGAUGUCGAGGAAGGUGACGAGGACGGAUACUCGAGCUACAGUGAUGACCUGGUGGCCCCCUCUUUGCUUUCGACUAAGUUUCGUUCCACCGUCUCCACGGCUAGGACCCUGAACCCCCAGCGUCUCGACGCGGUGAUCGACUGCAUUAUGGACACCGACAUCCUAUCCUAUUUGAAGGGAAGUCCCUCGGCCAACACCGAAAAGCUGACCGAGGCGGACGCACCGUUCAUGUCGAUCGAGGUGGACGCACCGUUCGUGCCGACGGCGGAAGCUCCGUUCAUGCCGACCGAGGCGGAAGCGCCGUUCAUGCCGAUCGAAGGGCCAUUCCACCACAUCCUCUUCGGCACCUGGCUCUACCACCGUCCUGACCGGGACGUCGACAAGCUCCUCAUCGACACCUACCGCGUGCAGCUGCAAGAAAACCCCGCCGGGGCACGACACGCCGGACUCGGCGGCAAUGGAAAUCCCAGCUUCGACGGCUUCGUCCGCUUUCUCCACUUCUUCGAGAAUAAACGAAUGAUGUUUCCCCCGUUCUGGAAUAUAAAGAGGAUCUACGACGGCGAGUGGUUGGGGAGGAAGGACGGGUGGACCAAUCUGAAGCGACCCAUUGAUGUCGACGCGGUGAAUGCGCAUUAUGGGGACGACACGAUGCUGAUGCAGAUGAAGGCGUUUGGGCAUCUAGUUUCGGACUGUGGGGAGAGGAUGGGUCGGAAGCCGAGCGCCGUCUAUGAAUUUGCGAAAAGCAUCAGUUCACGCUUUCAGUGGAUGGAAUCCAGUGGUUAG